AUGGAAAAUCCACCAUCAAAAUUAGAAACAUUUAGGAAACUACGAAAAAGUGUCAAUUGGGAGAUUCCACAUGAACGAGUUAACCUUCUCUAUAAGUUCGACGACUUGAUCAAAUCUUGGGAGGGACAAUUUCCAGAUCUUCGAGAUGUUUUUAAAAAGGAAGAAAUUGACAGGCUUCUCAUCGAGGAGUAUGAGAUGGUCAAAAGUAUGGAGUCCAACCCAAGGAUGCAUUGUAGGCCCAGAAGUUCAUCGUUCAUAGAUUUUGUGAUUGAAAACGGUUACAGGGGCGAGUCCGACGUUGGUGGCGACGGCAAACCACUAUUACAUCGUACCACAGCGGUGCAUCUCGCGGCUAAACGCGAGUAUUACAGCCUCGUUGCUGAUCUAUUUCGAGUAUACGACAGAUACGACUUGAAUUAUUUCGAUGAUAUGGGCUUGACGCACUUCCACGUGGCCUGCAUGACUGGCUGCGACCAAGUCGUGAAGAGAUUUCUCGAAGUCGGACAGGAUCCGAAUUGCCUCGACUACCUAACGGGCGAUUCGCCGCUGCACUUGGCACUGAAACAUGGCCACAAAAAAGUGACGGAAUUAUUGUUGAGAAAUGGCGCCAAUCCCAAUUUGGCUAACGACGAGGGACUAACUCCUCUGCACUUCAUUUGCCAGAAUUCUAAAAAGAAUCAAUUCGAAUGUGAAAGUGAAGCUGUUGAGUUGAUGAAUCUAUUUUUCACGAUCAACGACGAAAGACAUCAGCCGGUGCAGGUCGAUGCGAAGAACCAAUUGGGUCUAACACCGAUUCAAUGGGCUGUGGCGAAUCUCUUGCCGGUCGCGAUCGAUGUACUCGUGGAUCAUGGGGCUGAUCUGUCUGAAUUCGUUGUCCCCAGGGCGAGUCACCUCUUCGAGGUAUCGAAACUUCACGAAAUUGAUCAUGCGAUGGAUUUUAAAUUGAACCUAACGUCUUGCCUCCUGGCCGUCGUCGGGUAUCUGGAGAAAAAUGGAUACCAGCUGAAACGAAGCGAUGCCGCGACGAUCAUGACAUUAUUUGCUAAGCAUAAAUUGUUUGAGAACUCAGAACAUUGGCGCGAAGAAGAUCAUCUGUGCGAGAAAUUGUCCAGAGAUUUUUUUCGACGAUGGGCACUGGAUUCUUUCUUGAAGCUGACGCGCUACAAGUUGCCGAUUCUCUGCUGCAGACUGAUCAUCGACGAAUCGUUCAAGAACAAAGAUUUAUGGUAUAUUUUCUUGGCGGCAAAGGAUCAGAGUUCUCAAUGUCGAUAA